GUAAAAGCGCACGGGGUGAGACGCAGGGCUCGGAACGUCAAAGCCCUGCGUCCUCCGGCGUCCCGGGCGGAGGAAAGGCGCGCUCCUUGGCGGCGGUAACAGCAGCCCACAUGGACCGAGGCUACAGCAACCCCCGCUGAACCGAGGCCGGCGGCGCGGAGCGGACGUGCGAAGCAACGCGAGUGAGGCGCGGGGGCCGUGCCCGCACCUUUGAAGACCCCUCAGGGGGAACCGCCGGCGGCUGGACUCCGGUCCCGGCUCCGAGGCCCCGCCUCUCGAGUCUUGGGACUAAUCGGUUUGAGAGCGCGCGGUGCCGAGCCGCGAACUCUCCAAUUGCAGAGGGCGACGGGCACCGCCCAAUCCGAAGCAGACAGGUGCGAGGUCCGGAAGGCAGCGACCAAUCGGCAGCGGUUGCGGCCUAUUGGGGCCGGUCUCGGCCAAUGAGGAGGUCCGAGUGACAUCUUUGCACACCAAUCGGGAGUGAGAGAGCGUUUGUGCCUGUCCGCCCUUCCGGCCAGAGCUCUAUUUACUAGGGGCGUGCAGCCCGCCUGCCAAUCAGAGCGCAGCUGAGUGGCCAGGCAGCCAACCCCGGAGGAGCGGCCGGCCGGCGUCCGCUGCACCCAAGAGUUGGGGAUGUCCUACAAACCCAUCGCCCCCGCCCCCAGCAGCACCCCGGGCUCCAGCACCCCUGGGCCCGGCACCCCAGUCCCUACAGCCGGAAGUGUCCCCUCGCCAUCGGGCUCGGUGCCUGGAGCUGCUGCCCCUUUCAGACCACUGUUUAACGACUUUGGACCGCCCUCCAUGGGCUAUGUGCAGGCAAUGAAGCCACCCGGCGCCCAGGGCUCCCAGAGCACCUACACGGACUUGUUGUCGGUCAUAGAGGAGAUGGGCAAAGAGAUCCGGCCCACCUAUGCUGGCAGCAAGAGCGCCAUGGAGCGCCUGAAGAGAGGCAUCAUCCAUGCCCGGGCCCUAGUCAGAGAGUGCCUGGCGGAGACAGAGCGGAACGCCCGCACGUAACAGGAAGCACCUCCGCCUCGAGUCUGGACCUUUCCUGGCCACUGCAGGGCACCUGCUUCUCCCUGGCCUUCACCCCGAGUUGCACUUCCUGUCCUGUGUCCCUUGGUGGGUAUUCUCCAGGAACCAGGGGGUGGCUCUCACUCGUUGGCAGCACUAACUUGGAACCCCCGGAAUACUUAGCAGCGAGGUCACUGUGAGUCCCACUCAUGAGCUGCCGUCAGUGUUGAUGCAACUGGAGUUUUCUUCUUCCUGUAGCCCCCACGACUCAGCACUUACCCAGGACUUCUCACCACUUUGUCCCAGACCCCUUCUCCCCCAGCAGGCCUUCAGAAGGCCUGUCACCUCCCUGCCUUGUCUCCUGGGCCAUAACCUCUCUUUUCUCAGGGGGCUUUUUGCUAAACAUGCCUUUUUUUUGUAU